GAAGAGCGCUGAGCGAUUGUCCAGUCUGUCUCAGUUUGCUCCCAGUUGAGGAUACCCGCUCCAGGACUUCUAGGAUGCUCGAUGCAAAGAAAAAAGCGCUAAUGCUUUCAUAAAGUUAUUACCUGCAGCACCUUACUUGUGUAUAAUGAAGUGAUCAGACACUUUAAAGUGGACGGUGGGCCCCUGAAACCUGCUGACCACAAGUCCUGAAGAGUGUUUGCUGCAUGUGGAUGCUGUAAACGAUGUGCUACUCCGUGGCGCUUGUGCUCUGCUGUGUGAUCGUGUCUCUGAACGGCGCAGCAUCACUGGACCUGCAGCCCGACAUGCCGAAUGUGUGUGAGGAGCAGGAGAUGUCUAUGUUGGGGGUGAGGCAACCAUGUGUUCAGGCGUUUACGCGAAUGGUGAAGGUGUUGAGGCAGGGCUGCUCUUCUCAGCGCUGGUGCAUGGGCUAUGAGAGGAGGACAGGCUAUUAUACAGUGUAUAGGCAGGCAUACAGUAUGGAGAUGCAAACUGUCUAUAGGUGCUGCCCAGGGUGGAUGCAGAGAGGAGAAGAGAGAGGCUGUCUGCAUAGAGUGUGUUCCUCUGGCACCUGCUUUAAUGGUGGGAAGUGCUCUGAGACGGGUGAUCAGCUUUGUCAGUGUCCGGAGGGGUUCGAGGGAAUGCGCUGCCAGUACGAUAUAAACGAGUGUGCGGACGAUAACGGAGGAUGUGAAGGCACGUGCUGUAACACUAUUGGCAGUUUUUACUGCAGGUGUCCUGAUGGCAUGAAACUCGGAGCUGAUGGGAAAUCCUGCCAAGAUGAAGAUGAGUGUGAAGAGCUGAAUGGUGGUUGCCAGCAGACAUGUGUGAAUACACUCGGUUCGUACCACUGUGAGUGCAGCCAGGGUUUCCGCAUUCAUGCUGAUGCUCACACAUGCAUAGCGGCGAACUCUUGCUCUGUGAAGAAUGGCGGCUGUGAGCACAGGUGUGUGGAUUUGGGGAACGAGCAGUACAAGUGUGAAUGUCGCAGCAACUUCCAGCUCAAAAGAGAUGGCAAACACUGUGAAUUGAAGGACCCCUGUCAGGAGCAUAACGGCGGAUGUGCUCAUAUCUGCAGUAAUGUGAAUGGACAGGCGGAGUGCAGCUGUAGAUCAGGAUUCAAAAUGGGAGCUGACUUCAAGAGAUGUGAAGACAUAGAUGAAUGUGUGUCUGGUCAGACUAAAUGUGCUCACGGCUGUGUUAACGUGCCGGGAUCCUUCCGUUGUGUGUGUAACCCAGGAUUCGAACUGGGUGCUGAUGGGAAACAGUGCUACCGUAUCGAGAUGGAGAUCGUGAAUGGCUGUGAGAAAAACAACGGGGGCUGCUCCCAUCACUGUGAGCACACCACCAGUGGGCCCCUGUGCUCCUGUAACCAAGGUUACCAUCUCGCUGAUGACCUCAAGAUGUGUAUAGACGUUGAUGAGUGUGAAAACGGGGAGGCGUGCUGUAGUCACUACUGUAAGAAUUACCCAGGAGGCUAUGAGUGCAGCUGUAGACCUGGAUACACACCCAACGGCUGCACGUGUGAUGACAUUGACGAGUGUGUAUCCGAGACGUCAGGGUGUUCUCAGUACUGUGUGAACACGCUGGGCUCAUACGAGUGUUUCUGUCAGGUGGGCUUCAGACUGGACAACGACCAGAAAUCAUGCUUACCUCUCUAUGACAGGGAAUUGGAGGACGAGGAAGAGGAAGAAGAAGAGGAAGAGGUUGUCGGCAGUGAAGAUGAGCCGGAAGUUCUCCGUUUGCCGGACUUGUUUUUCCGUCGCCCCCCUCAACUGCUGCAUUACACCGCUGCUUUAAGUAGACCGUAUGAUGAUGACACAUACACCUACGACCCAGAGAACUCACAAAACCUUGAAGAGAGAGAGGAGCUGACCGUCAUCAGCAAGAUAAUGUGUGAGGACGGUUCAUUCGGUGACGACUGUGGUGUGAGCUGUGAGGACUGUGCUAAUGGAGGAGUGUGUGCGUCAGAGAGGGAUCGCUGUGUGUGUGGACCUGGCUGGACUGGGGUCACCUGUAAUGACACUUGUGCCGAGGGCACAUAUGGCGUUCAGUGUAACAGUCUGUGUGUUUGUAAGAACGGGGGCCGCUGUGACCCAGUGACGGGGAAGUGCUUGUGUCCUCCAGGGGUCCACGGUCUGCACUGUGAAAACGGCUGUCCGCAGGGAUUCUAUGGGAGGUUCUGUCACAGGAGGUGUAGCUGUCCCAGUAAUGGACGCUGCCAUCGUCUGUACGGAGGGUGUCUUUGCACACCUGGCCUCUACGGCAAAUUCUGCCACCUGCCAUGUCCCAGAUGGACCCACGGCUCGGGUUGCUCGGAGGAAUGCCAGUGUGUGCAGGAAAACUCACUUUCUUGUGAUCCACAAAAAGGCUCCUGCAUGUGUAAACCUGGUUACAAUGGUGACCGCUGUCAGGAAGAUUGUAGUGACGGAUACUACGGCCUUGGCUGCCACGAGCGAUGUAACUGCUCUGAUGGUGAGCCGUGUGACCCUAAAACUGGAGAGUGCCAGAAGACGUGCCCAGCUGGAUACCAUGGAGAGAAAUGCCUGCUGGUGUGUGAGGCAGGUUUUUGGGGGGUAGGCUGUGCCAGUGUGUGCCGGUGUGGCAGUAAUGCAGUGACCUGUGAGGCCAGCAGUGGGCGCUGUGUGUGUGAGGCUGGAUACACUGGAGAACAAUGUGACAAGAAGUGUCCUGAGGGCCAUUAUGGAGCAGAGUGUAAACUAGCGUGUGAGUGUGAGAACGGAGCCGAAUGUGACCACGUCAGCGGAGCUUGUACCUGUGCCGCCGGCUGGGUGGGAUCACACUGUGAAAAGAGAUGUCCUGUUGGGUUUUACGGGCAGGACUGUGUGCAGAUGUGCCAGUGCGGGAACGAAGCCCAGUGUCACCACAUCACAGGCGCCUGCCGCUGCACCCCCGGCUGGGCACCACCGCAAUGCAUUCUGGCUUGUCCAGCAGGUACAUUUGGUCCCAACUGCAGUCAAUCAUGUGACUGCCACAACGGAGGGUCAUGUGACCCAGUGAGUGGCCAGUGCAGGUGCACACCUGGGUGGACAGGAACCAGCUGCCAACAGACCUGUGCAUCUGGAUGGUUCGGUAGGAGCUGUGAGCAAAGAUGCAUCUGUCCAGGGGGUGUGGCCUGUGAUCAUGUGACGGGCAGAUGUGGCUGUCCUGCAGGGUACACUGGGAACAGCUGUGAGACCAUGUGUCCUCAGGGCAGGUUUGGCCUGAACUGUUCACAGAUGUGCACAUGUUCUGGAGAUCAGUACAGCUGUCACCACGUCACUGGGAAAUGCACAUGUCUACCUGGAUACUAUGGCAGCCGCUGUCAUCUGAGAUGUCGAGAGGGCACCUAUGGCCCAUACUGUAAGAAAAGGUGUAGAUGUGCCAAUGGAGGCCAGUGUGACUUCAGGACUGGUUCUUGUAUCUGUCAGCCGGGAUACUUGGGACCCAACUGCAGCACCAGUUGUCCUACAGGCCGCUAUGGGAAAGAUUGUGCUCAGGUGUGUUUGUGUGGAGAGGAAGGACAGUGCCACCCAGAGACUGGGAGGUGUAACUGUGCACAGGGUAGAACGGGACCUUCCUGCGAACAAGUAUGUCCUAGAGGGUGCUAUGGAGCGCAGUGUCGGAGUUUCUGUACGUGCGCGAACGGAGGCGUGUGUGACCCUGUGAACGGGACAUGUAGAUGUGGCCUGGGCUGGACCGGGCAGCACUGUGAAAAGGUUUGUGUCCCAGGUCGGUAUGGUGUGAACUGUGAGCAGCAGUGUGUGUGUCAGAAUAACGGUACAUGCGAUCGCUUUACGGGAUGCUGCUCUUGUCCGUCUGGAUACUACGGUCCCGCCUGCCAACACCGAUGCCCUGCUGGCUUUUUCGGCGAGCUCUGUGCUCAAUCAUGUGACUGUAAACACGGGCACCUGUGUGAUCAUGUGACCGGACAGUGCCUGUGUCCUCCAGGUUAUCAGGGUGACAAGUGUGAAAAACGUUGCGAUGAUGGACGUUUCGGACGUGAUUGUGCAGGACUCUGUGAGUGUGAUGAUGCACCCUGUGAUCCCACCACUGGACAGUGUCUCUGUCCAUCUGGAAAGACGGGAGAACGCUGCGAGAAAGUUUGUGACAGCAGGUUUUAUGGUCCAGACUGUUCUUUCCAGUGUCAGUGUGCACACGGAGGCCAGUGUGACCAGCGUACAGGUCACUGCUCAUGUCCCCUCACCUGGAUGGGACCCACCUGUGAGGAAGGUGUUUCUGUAAAUCAUGUGUCUUCCAAAUUACAGAAGAGGCGACGGCGUAUUUCUCACUCCUAGUCCUGAUACAGAGACCCCAAAAUACACACACAUACACAAACACACACACACUCCUGACAUACCAGCAGAAGAUGAGUGGCAACGGUUACUGAGUGUGUGAGGAUGUUUCUGACUUGUUAUUAUGGGUUUUUCCCCCAGACGAGCAAGCCACAGGAGAAUUAGUACGAGGAAGCAAUGCCGAAAAACACAGACACACACAAACAUCCCCUCUGGAUGCACACAAGACCACUGAUAGGCUGUCAUUGAGAGUGUGAGUACAUGUGCAUCUUUGGUGGAGCGACACAUUGUGGCUAUCACCGAGUGAUUCAUGUGUAUAUAACACACAACAUGGUGGAGCAGUUCAAUACGACUUAAAAAUGCUUGUUUUGUGUGCAUGUUUGUGCAUAAACUCGCUGUUCCUUAUAAGUCCCACAUCAGACAGACAAACCAAACCAUCCGAUCGGGCAAACGCCCACCGAGCCACAAAGCCUGCUCUAUUACGGGAUCAGAGUGAAGCCUCAACCGCUCAUUUCUAUAAUACACACCACGAAAGAGGCACAUCAGAAUACAGCAACACUCAGUGGAGUUUCUGCCUUCCAUACAUGCCAUACACACUCUAAAAUUUACCUUGUAAACGUACACCAACACUAAAUUUAACUUUUUUUUUUUAAUGACAUUGUCUAUAAAGUCCUCUUUUAUGAUACUUUUAUGUUUUUUUUUAAGUAAUAUGUAGCUUGAGUCUGGAGCGUUUGUGCUAUAUAUAUCCUAUUUAAAUCCAUCUGGUUGGCUCGUGUGAGUGUGAUGUAUGUUCUGCCAUGCGAUUCCUGUGACAGUCUGACUGUAAAUAUUCACAGUAUUGUUACCCAUCAUCGUGCCAUCUGAGGUAAAUUGUUAAAGUGGAGCUGUCUGACAGGAUUUAGAAACAAUCUGAUGAUUGUAAACUGAACAGACAGUUCCUCCAAAAGACGUCUUACGUGCCAAACAAUCCUAAUCUUUAUAAAUGACAGUGCUUAGCACUCACUCAACGGUCUUUUACUGUAAAAAAUGCUGUAAAAAGUGUUUGUUCAUCUGUUCUUCUUUUGUUUCUCUCAGGAUGUUGUCAAGUUGAAUUUCACUGUACAGUGAAAAUAUGUACUGGUGCGUAAACUUUUAAUUAAAUAUGUUUGUACGGAAAACAUUUAGUUUGUUUGUUUGUUUGUUUUAACUGUACUGUAAAUCUUUACACUGCUGAUUAUUUUUAGUGUGUUUGUUUUAUUUCUAAAAAUAUCUAAACAUUCUUAAAUGAAGAUAUACUUGAGAAGUAAAAUGACUAA